AUGGAUGGUUCGAUGAUGGCAAUGCCGAAUCUGCGCAGUAUCGAGAAAGCAGUUGAGCUCCUCGUGGGUACAGCCAUCUUGGAGAAGGUUGUCACUUGUCGACUUCUGUUCAAUAUCUUUCUUCAUCCGCUGCGCCAUUUCCCGGGUCCGAUUUUGUGGCGAGCGACCCGUCUAAGAUGGGUAAUUGCCCUUCAGCGAGGCUCUCUGCAUCGGGACCUUCUUCGACUGCACAACAAGUACGGCUCUGUUGUUCGAACUGCUCCAGACGAAUUGUCAUACAUCGACGCCCAAGCGUGGAAGGAUAUCUAUACGGCACGACCGGGUCACGCACCUAUCGAACGGGGUGGAGUGUGGUUUCGGAAGACGCGACCAGACGAGCCUUACAGUAUUAUGGGACACAAUGAGGACCACCAUGCCCGAUAUCGAAGAGCGUUCAUGGGCGCUUUUAGCGAGAAAGCAAUCAAGGAUCAUUCAGCGCUGAUUGAAAAUUAUGUCGAGCUGAUGAUGCAAAAAUUUCGAGCCAUGACCUUCGAGGGCGGUAGCACAAUCAUCGACGUUGUAUCAUGGUUAAACUUCGUGACGUUUGAUAUUUCGGGCGACUUGUCGUUUGGUGAGUCUUUUGGAAGCACGUCGACGGGAAACGCGCAUCCUUGGGUCGAGAUCGCUUGUCGCUUUGGAAAGGGUAUAGCGUUGGUGGCCUCGAUCAAUCAUUACGCACCCCUGCAGAAGUUGCUGAAAUAUACUCUGCCGGCCAAAGUCCGCCAGAAGAUGAUCUAUCACAGAGAACUGAGUGCGCAAAAGGUCCGUCAACGGCUCCAGCUUCAGGAGCAAAGGCCAGACUUUGUCAAUGCUGUACUCAAAUACAACCAGGAGAAGGCGGAGAGCCUGACUCCGGAAGAGCUCGAGCUAAACAUGAGCGUCUUUGUCUUUGCCGGUAGCGAAACAGUCAGCUCCGCGGUUGCGGCGAUAUUGUUCGGACUGUUGAAAACGCCUAAAGCGAUGGCACAGGUCAUCCAGGAGAUCAGAUCUGCCUUUAAUUGCGAGCAAGAAAUCGGCGUCGCUGCUGCCUCCAAGCUCGAGUAUCUAACAGCUGUGAUCAACGAGGGCAUGCGGCUUGGUCCACCUAGCGUCAUAGGGGUUCCUCGCGUUGUGCCAGCUGCCGGGGAGGAGAUAUGUGGGAAAUGGGUUCCUGGCGGAACAUUUGUUGCGAUCAAUCAAUAUCCCGCGUUCAGGUCCGCAACAAACUUCAUUGAUCCGGACGAGUUCAUCCCAGAACGUUUCCUCGGAAACCAAGGCUCUGAAACCAAUAUGGCCGUCUUUCAGCCCUUCCUUGUGGGACGACAUAUGUGCAUUGGACAGAAAUUGGCGUGGGCGGAAAUGCGCCUCAUCCUGGCGAGAUUGCUCUACGCCUUUGACAUCAGCUGGGGUGGCAGUCCAUCCAUCGAUGAUUGGGGAGAACAGCAGACAUUCAUUUUUUGGCAGAAGAACCCACUUGAGAUUCGGUUGAAGCGCAGAUAA